GCUGCCUGGAGCAACCGGGCUUCCGUACCGAGUUAGACAAUCGCUGGUAGCACAGCCAACUGAAGCUCAGUGCCCCCGAAGAAGCAGAAAGAAGUACUUUUAGCGAACUUCUCCUGUCGCCGUUGUCUCUGCAACACAUCUCUUUCCCCGCUACGCGAUGGCAUCGUCUGCAAUGAUCACCGUCCCCACCACCGCCUCCCGGUUCGCCCUGCUCCAGAUCGACUCAGACUCGGACUCCGACGCCUCCGAGCCGGGGAAGUCCAACGCCAAACCCGGCAGGGACUCCUCCUCCGGGAAGCCCAGGCAGGGCAAGUCGGGAGCAACUCCUGGAUCAGGGGGCAAAGGAGCCCAGGGCAGCGACAAGAAGAAAGACAAGAAGAAGAAGAAGAAGGAGCAGCAGCAGAGUGAGGCGAAUGAGCUGCGUAAUCUGGCCUUCAAGAAGAUUCCUCAGAAGUCCUGUGCCCCUCCGCCCUGUAUGACGCUGUCAGGAAUAGCCAGUGAGCUCCUUACCCCGGCGUCAGGGGAACAAAGCAUACCUGCAGAGGGGUGGCAACAGUGGAAACAGAGAGACGAACAGAUAACCACAGAACUGUAUGAGGCAGAUUUGGAAAAGGCCUUGAUUCUAAGUAAACUGGAAUAUGAGCAACAGAAACGGCAGAGCAACACAAACUCAGCGUCGCCAAAGUCGCAAGGAGGAAAAGAGGGCGGUGGGAAGAAGGACAAGAAGAAAAAUCAGCAGGCGAAAGAAAAAAAGACGGUUUCUCUGCAGGACUUCCAGGCUGAAGGCACUGCUGAGCAUUUAAGCAAAAAGCAAGAGGAAACCAGAGGGACAAACGUGGCCUCAGGAGUCGGUCAGGAGGAACGGUUCUUUAACAAAGUGGAAGAUGACGUGAGUCGGAUUAUCCAGAGGGAGAAAAGACUCGAGCAGUAUGUGAACAGCCCGGGACCAGAAGUCAACACACCCACAGAACCCGAACGGGAUCCCCGGCAAGAACAACUGAAGUAUGAGCUGGAGAAGAAGGAGCGGGAGAUAAAUAAGCUAAAGAAGACCAUCUCAGAGUGGGAGGUGAAGUACAAAGAGGUGAAAGCAAGAAACGCUCAGCUUCUCAAGAUGCUCCAACAGGGGGAGAUGAAAGACAAAGCAGAAAUUCUUCUACAGGUAGAAGAACUGCUGCACAUCAAAGAAGAACUGUCGUCACAGGUAACAUUAUUACAUGCUGCACUUGAACAAGAAAGAUCGAAAGUUAAAGGGCUCCAAUCAGAGCAACCCAAACAUCAGGGAAACAAGAAAGGGAAGAAAGGCUCCGAAGUGGAUCAAUGAAGAUUUAUGAGGGGGAAAAAUAUGUGUCUGGAGAAAAAAACAAAAUUAGCAAAAAUAAAAAACGAGCAAAUUAUAAAAAAACAACACUACUGAUCAUUAGGUUCUCUUUUUGUUUCAUGUUUUAAUUUUCAGCUUGCAUGUCCUACUGAACACAGAAUAUUCUCCAGACAUGGCAUGCUGUAUUAAACAACCAAGUAACAUUUAUUUACAGGUUAUAAAGGACAUUGAGUUUCAAGUCUGUUCAGAAACCGUUGCUCUGCAGAGCCGCGGCGUCUCCAGUACUCCACAAGUUGUGUGCCUCUCUUUUCAUGGGUUCUGAUGCCAAAAUCGAUUGAUUGAAGUGUAUGUUAAUGGGUUUUUUUCUCCCUCACACACUGUGAAGUAAAUAAAAUACUUUUCCAGUGA